UCCCAUCAAAGGACAACUGCACCUUUCAGUUAGUGUGAAGAUGUCUGAUAAAACAGACCAUAGUGAGGAUGAAGAAAGGAAAUCUGUGUUGGGAGUCACAGUUGUAGAGACCAAUCGUUUUGGAUUCAUUCUAGGGAAUGGCGAAAUUGACAGUGAUGGUCCCUGUCCUGAGUUAGUGAGACAUCGAGAGACGAAAUGGCUCAGCCUCAUAAAACAAUGGGAGCAGGUGAUGGAGAAAAAAAGCAGCAAGGUCAAAAGUCAAUGCCAGAAGGGCAUCCCAGCAUCGGUUAGGGCUAAGUGCUGGCCACUGCUCUGUGGUGCUAUGGAAAGAAUGAAGAAAAAUGAAAAACUGUAUGAACGUCUAGUUGAAGCUCCAGAUCAGCAAGGAUGGACUGACAUAAUCAAAAGGGACACGGACAGACAAUUUCCCUUCCAUGAGAUGUUCCAGUCCAAAGAUGGCCAUGGUCAAAAGGACCUGCUGCAGGUUUUAAAAGCAUACACGCAGUACCGACCAGAAGAGGGCUACUGUCAGGCACAGGGUCCAGUAGCAGCUGUACUCCUGAUGAACAUGCCCGCUGAGGAGGCAUUCUGGUGUUUGGUGCAGAUUUGUGAACUCUACCUUCCUGGCUACUACAGCCCUCUACUGGAAGGUGUUCUAUUCGAUGCUGCAGUUCUCUCAAGUGUAUUAAAAAAACUGUGUCCAGCUGCACACAAACACCUACAGAAUCAGGGGGUGGAGCCUCUCAUGUUUGCCACUGAUUGGUUGAUGUGUCUAUACAGCCGCCACUUACCUUUCAACACUUUGCUCAGAGUCUGGGAUCUCUUCUUCUGCUACGGUGUGCGCGUUUUGUUCCAGGUUGCUGUGGUACUGGUGCGCCGUUGUCUCGGACAGGGACGACUGCGAAAAGAGUGUGAAGGACAGAUGGAAACUUUGGAGCGACUGCGAGGUGUUAAAGAGCGUGUCCAACAUGAUCAGGCUGACACCUUCAUUCAUGAGGUGUGUUCUGUGCCCCUUUCCUUGGCAGACCUGCAAAAACAAACAGAGAAAGAGACGGAGAAGUGGAAAGUAGAAAGACCGGACUCGACUUUUGACCUGCGAGGGCGCUGUCAUGGAUACCGAAUGGCAUGGGAGAGAGGGCAGGAGAACCAAACAGAAAAUGAGAAGGACCGGCAAAGGUGGAACCUGAGUCUUCCUCUAAUGCGAUCACAUUCCUCUCUCACUCCCUCCAUUUUGCAAAAGAAAUGGAGAAAGAGGAGUAGUCGGACUGAGACGGAGGAGUGGGAUGGAGGAGGAAGAACAUUCUCCCAAGGUUUAAUUGAAGAGAGUGAUGAUGGUGACAUGAGGCGAAGGAGUGUAUGUGGUGUCAUUGGGGAGCAGAAGCCAAAGCAAGACAGGCUAGUACAUGAACUCUAUACACACAAACAAAAAGAUCACAGGACACAUACAACUAUAUCGCCACAAAAACCAAAGGGGCUGCUGGUGGACUCUUCCAGCAUUGAGUCUGAUGUUUUUGAGGACGGGCAUAAAGACACAAUUUGCAGGUCACAGUUACAGAGCGUUACAGAGAGAGAUUCUGUUGCACAGGGGGACACAUUUCAUACAGAUACUGGCCAUCGCAAGGAAGAAACAGAAGUAUCUUUAAACCAACACAAUGACACUUCAGACACAGAACAAUGUAAUUGUGAUGAUAAAGAAAGGAUUGCUGCAGGUAUGGUGGAGGAGGAUAUACAGAUACAUGAACAUCAUGUACAAAAUGUAGAAAAAGAGACAUGUCAAGUUAUACAGAAUACAGAGGAUAAGACACAUCAAAAUGAACAGAAUGUGGAAAUUAAGAUAACUUCAGAGUCAUGUGAAGAGUGCAUACAAACAAAUUAUGAUCCACGGGAAGAGUACAUGCAGACUGACACUGGUAAACAGGAAGAGCAAAUAGAGUCAGACAGCAUAAUUCAGGAAGACAUAACACAAAAAGGGGACUGUAAAUGCGAAGGAGCAGAAACAGAUACUUUGCAAAAAGUCACAAUACCAGAAGACAACCAGCAAGAUGAGGAAAAUAUUCCAAAUCUGGAAAAUAUCACAGAGAAAGAAGUACAGACACCAGUUGUCCAAGAAGACCAGAGGUCUCACACAUCCAGAGAAGAACAAUAUGAAGAACAAACCACUGGUGAAAACCAUACCGUAGGUAAGGAGGAAGCAGGAUUUCAGCAUGAAGUGGUCAGUGAUGGAGAUAUCCUUGAAAAGAGAGAGAAAGGGAAGGAGGAAGAAAGAAAAGUGAGCAACAGUGAUGAUCAUAUUGGUGAAAAAGAGACACUGCAAACAUCUGAAGUACUACCAUCAUCUUCUUUAGAAACCAAAGAAACAGCAAUUGAGCAUCCAGACAUAUCAGUCUCUCCUCAUGGCUUGGCUGAUCCUGUACAUCAAUCCCAAUCCAGUGUCCCAGAGCAAAAUUACAUAGAUACUACUGUUAUAUUUAGUGACUCCGACCAUAGUCCAGUGGAUUCCAAAAAGGUGGAAGUUAUAUUAGGAUAUGGCAACACAGAACAGAGUGAAGUGUGUGCUUCUGGUGAGACUAACUUCCAUGAAACUUGGGAGGAUGUAGCAGUGGCAUCUAAAAACUCUAAGGAUAUAAACCUGAAUGCUGCUCCUGCUGCUAUGUGUGGUAACAUAAAAAACAGCGAGAUUAACACAGAACACUGUGGAGUAAAUAAAACAGCUGGAUCUGAAAAUAUAAUGUGUUGUGAAAUGUAUCCUUCUGAAAAAUCAAGCAACCUUGGCCACAAUGAAGAGGAUGAUACCUGUAGAUCUGGUGAAAUGGACAGCAACGAAAUGCAUGUUGAAAUGGGAUCUGGUGACGAAGAGAGCAAAAAGUUGCAGGAUGCAACUGGAUCUGCCAACACAGAGUGCAUUCAUAUUAGAACUGGAUCUGGUAACCAUGAAAGUAAAUUAGAGGAUUCCUUUGUUGGAUCUGGAAAACCAGAGUUUAAAGACGUGCAUGCUGGUGUUGGAUAUGGCAACCCAGAGAAUGAUACUGUGGAGUCUGCUGGUGGAUCUGGCAACCCAGAAUGUAAAUUCAUGCAUUUUAUGACUGUAUCUAGCAACCCUGAAAGCAAUGCAGUGCAUGCUGGAACUGGCAACCCAGAGUGUAAAGAAGUGCAUGCUGAUGUUGGAUAUGGCAACCCAGAGUGUAUUCAGAUUACAACUGAAUCUGGUAUCCAUGAGAGCAAUGUUGUGGAUUCUGUUGUUGGAUCUGUCAACCCAGAGAAUGAUAUUGUGGAGUCUGUUGAUGGAUCUGGCAACCCGGAGUGUAAAUUCAUGCAUGUUAUGACUGAAUAUAGCAACUCAGAAAGCAACGCAGUGCAUGUUGGAACUGGCAACCCAGAGUGUAAAGAAGUGCAUGGUGAUGUUGGAUAUGGCAACCCAGAGUGUAUUCAGAUUACAACUGAAUCUGGUAUCCAUGAGAGCAAUGUUGUGGAUUCUGUUGUUGGAUCUGUCAACCCAGAGAAUGAUAUUGUGGAGUCUGUUGAUGGAUCUGGCAACCAGGAUUGUAAAUUCAAGCAUGUUAUGACUGAAUAUAGCAACUCAGAAAGCAAUGCAGAGCAUGUUGGAACUGGCAACCCAGAGUGUAAAGAAGUGCAUGCUGAUGUUGGAUAUGGCAACCCAGAGUGUAUUCAGAUUACAACUGAAUGUGGUAUUCAUGAGAGCAAUGUUGUGGAUUCUGUUGUUGGAUCUGCCAACCCAGAGAAUGAUACUGUGGAGUCUGCUAAUGGAUCUGGAAACCCCGAGUGUAAAUUCAUGGAUGUUAUGACUGAAUCUAGCAACCCAGAAAGCAAUGAAGUGCAUGUUGGAACUGGAUCUAGCAACACUGCAUGUAAAGAAGUGCAGUUCGUGAUAGGAUUUGGCAACCCUGAAAACAAAGAUGUACAUGUCGGUGUUGGAUAUGGCAACUCAGAGGGUAUUCUGAUUUCAAAUGCAUCUGAUAACGAAGGCCCUGUAGUGGAUUCUGCUGUUAGAUCUGGCAACCCAGAGUGCAACAUGGUGGACACUGCUGAUGGAUCUGGCAACCCUCUGCAUAACAUUGCAUGUGCAAUAACAGACAAAAGCCAGGAUGUGGAUUCCACCUCUUCAAAAACAACUUCCAAAUCUUCAACGCCAAGGUCAUCCUAUCCCACAAUCCUCUCUGAGGACACAUUCAGAGUGCCAAAGCAGACUCUCACAUCGAAGGAAGACAGCACACAAGAGACACACACUCUGCCCAUCUCAGGCUCGCCGACAAAGACAGGUGCUCACAAGUGUCUUGGUCUCUUCCGCCGUCUCCGGGGGGAGACCAAUAAAAUCCCCAUCCCCAAAAUCCUCAUUCAAGACUUUAGCGAGAAAGAGGAAAAGUUGACAGCAAAAGAGCGGAGACAGAGGAAAAGAGAGAGGGAGAGGAAGGAAUGUAAGAAGGACAGAAAGAAACAAGAAAAGGAGAUGGAAAAGGACACCGAAAAGGAGAGGAAAAAGCCUCAGACAAGAGGGAAGAGCUUCCAGGUGCUCAACAGGAAGUGUGGCAACAAAGACAUGUCCUCUGAAGACAGGGACUCACAGACAUUUCGCCAUAGGAGUAAUUCUGCCCCUUUUUCUGACAGUAAUAUUUGAGACAAAGAUCA